CAGGUUAAAAAAUAUCGCCAUGUCUGUCUGAAUGCGGUGUCUGUCACGUUCGUUUGUGAUUAAAAUAAUGAUUGAUAACACUGAAGAUCGAACGCAACAACAUCGUUGGGAUAAAUAGGCUACAAGAAAACAGAGAUUAAAAAUGGAUAUUGUGUUAGACAUCUGCGAUCAGUAUUUUUUUACACCUUAUGUAUACCCUGCUGAUUGGGUGGAAGAUAAUCCUCUAAGACAGAUUAUCUCCCUGUUGGUGAUAGGAAAUGUUGGUGGAUAUCUGUUGUAUCUUAUUGUUGCGUCUCUCAGCUAUAAAUUUAUUUAUGAUAAACGACUCAUGGAACAUCCUCAAUUCUUAAAGAACCAGAUAGCAUUAGAAAUAACCUGUGCUUGUACAUCAAUACCCUGGAUGAGCAUACCUACUGUUGCCAUGUUCUUCCUGGAAAUAAGAGGCUACAGUAAACUCUAUGAUUGUGUAGAUGACUGGAAAUUUGGUUGGUAUGGUAUUAUAUGGAGUAUUGUAACAUUUAUAUUAUUUACUGAUAUGUGUAUAUACUGGAUUCAUCGCUGGUUACAUCAUAAACUAGUCUACAAACAUCUACAUAAAAUUCACCACAAAUGGAAAGUAACAACACCCUUCGCCAGCCAUGCCUUUCAUCCAUUGGACGGAUUCGUUCAGAGUCUACCCUACCAUAUAUACCCGUUCUUAUUUCCUCUACACAAAAUUACAUAUUUGGUGUUAUUCAUCUUUGUAAAUAUCUGGUCGGUUUCGAUUCAUGAUGGGGAUUAUCGUGUACCCACAUCUUUUAAACCAUAUGUGAAUGGAUCGGCACAUCACACAGAUCACCAUUUAUUCUAUUCCUUCAACUACGGACAGUUUUUCACCUUGUGGGAUAAAAUGGGUGGAUCAUUCCGCGUUCCCAGUGCCUUUCAAGGAUCUGGACCACUGGAUGAAGUACUAAAAAUAAAAUCAAAAACAUUGGAGCAAAAUGGACAUGCUAAGUCAAAACAUUUUACAAAUGGAGUGAAGAAAAGUGAUUAGAUGAUUAGAUGCUUAUAUAUUUAUAUUGUUAAAGAUUAUAUUUUUAAAACUUAUUAUAUAUAUUUGUUACGGUAACCUACAGUAUAUUGUAUGGAGGGAUGUGUGUAAGAUCAAAAAUUGAGCUGCACAAGCAUGCGGUACAAGUCUUGAUCAUUUCAGCCUAAAUUGUCUCCAUUUUGACUACAACAAUAUUAGUCUCAGCUGGACAAAAUAGUGUCACAUUUGUAUACCGUGUCAGAGGUCAUCUAGGAAUUCAUGUAUAAGUAAUAAAAUUGGUUGAGAGGAAAAAUGAUCUUGACCUUGUGUUUGAAUUGUGCAGAAUGCAAUUUUAACUGGUGGAUUGAGACAACAUUUCCGAUAAGUCAUUGCAUGAACUCUAUACAUGAACAACCACAGCCCAUAACCAUAUUGACAAAUGUUGCUCACAUUAUCCAGAACACAGGCCGUUACAAAAAGUCAUGAAUUUUAAUGUUGUGAUAGUUGCAAAUGCUUUUUAGAUUACGGGUGAUGAUUACUUUAAAAUGCACAUGUGAAAGCUAGCACUGUAAGUAUUGUUCAUAAGAUAUGACAUUUUUUGUUAUUUGGGGUGAUAAACUACAUAUCAGUCACCAAAAAAUUUACCAGUUUUAUUUACCAACUAUAUUCCAAACUUAGCCCAAAUGUAUGACAAUAAAGGGUGCUGAUGACAACAAAAGUCGAAUUUUCUCAGUUAUGCCUGCAUGGAUUUUCAUCAAAUUUGGCAUGAACAAUACUUAAUGCAAGUCAAAGAAAGGUAAGAGACACCUUUUGGCUAUAGAACGUGGUUUGUCUGGUGUCCAUGGAAACACCAAAAAAUGAUGAGUUUUCUUGGAAAUUAUAUAAGUUCAUGCUAAAAAGAUAUAAUCCCUUCCUUAGAUCAAAAGGGAGAUUUUGUGAUUUUCGUUAAAUUCUUUGAAUACUUCCAUAACAAGUUUUAAAAUACAACAAUUCGAAUAUAAAAUAUAGAUAUUUAGGCCCUACUUAGUGCACUACUCUGCCGCUCUCAGUCAUUUUAUACAUUCAAAAAUGGUAGUCUCACUUCGACCAUCAAAAAAAAAAAAAAAAUCAGUGAUGUUCCAGUCAUGAUAGAUGGUAGGCCUGGAUAAUCGUGUCUUUGAGGGAAUUCCUUCCGACGUGCAUAUAUAGAUAUACGUUAAUGAUCCAUUAUGAAACUGUUGCUGGCGCAAGCCAUGAUUGUCUACUGUGGAUCACGUCCAAAUUUAUUCAAGAACUGAUCUAGACUGGGGAAAAGGGGAAAAACUUCUCGUUUGCUAUAAAUAGUUUUUUUUUCUUUCCGCAUGUAUUUCUAUGAUUACGUGAACUGUUAUAUGUACUCUUGGUUAUUUUACACAUGGAAUAAGUAUGCAAAGUCUUAAUAUGAUUGGUGUUGAACAGUUAGUGUGUAUCUUAGACUAGUCAACCAACGCCCUUAAAGAUUUGACUCUGAUCAUCACUUGAAGAAUGGUUAAAUCCUGUGCCAACUACAAUAUUGUGAAAGUUGGAUCUCUUAAGGUUAUCAGUCAAAAUAUGGUUCAAUUUGUUAAACCAAUGCACCCCCCCCCCCCUUGAUUUUGUAUGAAAUUUGAUGGGUCUUUUUUUUUAAUCCAAUUGUAUUCAAGCCAGGACAUCUACUGUUGAUAUUUUGAUUUGGUUUUCUCAUUAAAAUUUAAAUAUUCAAAUUGAGUACACUUUACCUAGGAUUAGGCCACAAAAAUACAAAUGAGUAUCACUGGCUUUUAGGACUCAAAACAUUUUACCUGUCUCAAAAUGUCUAAAGUGUUUCAAUGUGAAUAAUUCAGUAAAUUAAAUAUGAUUUAAACUCUUA